AUGGAAAUACCUGAAAAUUCCCCAAUUCCAAUUCUCAAGGAAAGAUAUAGCAAAUUAAAAUUUACAGAUCCUACAGAAGCUGCUAUAUUUAUUGCAAAAGAUUCAUAUAAUUCUUUUUAUCCAUUAAAUUUUGAGCAAGGAAAAAAGUUUCGUUGUCCUAACUGCCAAUUUUGCAUGGAGCUUGUAAAGACUCAUGAAAAUGGUCAACUUUUCUUCAUUCCAGUAAUUAAACACGAGCAUAGAGCAAAGCAAUGCAAGCCGAGUAACAAUAUACCAAAAAUUCUUAAGUUGCAAGCAGGAAAAAAAGUCUAUGAAUUAGCAAAUUCUGAUAAUGUUCCUCAAUGCAAAGAAAUUUUUGCAAAAGAAUUGAAUAUUCCCAAUGCAACUUAUACGAUGUUCCAUAAUAUAGUAAAUAAACUUAAAGGAACCACAAAGGGGGAUAGAAUUCAAUCUUACAAUUAUUUCUCAACAAUUUUUUCAAUCAUAAACAAAAUCGAACAAGGAUUCUGCGAAAUGAUUUUAGUUAAAGAAGUUAACAAUGAAAUUGAAUUGCAUACAUUUAAGAAAGGUGAUGAAUUACCUGAAAAUUCAAAAGACUUUCAAAUUUAUUCAUUU